AUGAGCACCAGUACUGUUGUGGUUCGCGAAACGACUCGAAUAACUCGAGUUCGUAGUGUUGAGCGAAGACGGCGAAAAGAAUCAACGAAUGGCUCCUACAUCUCAAAAGCACCUCAAUUGCCAGAAGAUAAACGAAGGAAGUCGAGGCUGAGAGUCCGAUGGACCGACCAAGUGAACGAUGUCAGCAUUCGAAGAAGCUGGUCCCCAAGGAAGCUGCACAGAUAUGGGACGGGUAAACUAGUUACUAAUCUGGAGGGUUGCUCUGGUGAAGUUCAAUUUCGCGUGUCAGCGGCGGGCCCUGGUGGCUUUGGACCACCAUCAAUGUCGUCGGUUCCUGUUUCAAUACCUCAUGAAGCGAGAGUUCCCCUACCGCCAGGCCGGCCUGGGACGCCACCCGCUGUUGAUCCGAAGUGUCCACCAUUAGCAGGGUAUCAGGUGGAAUACCGAGUUUACGGCACUGUGGAUUGGAUGGUGGCGAACGAUGCUCUAACCCCUGAGUGCACAUACACUGUGGAGAAUCUUCGACCAAAUGGUGUAUAUGAAUUUCGUGUACGUGGGCGAAACGCUGAUGGGCUCGGGACACCAAGCCGGUCUUCUGGAGCUACCCACAUUAAACCUGCAGCUCCUCAGCGAGGCGUUGGUUCAAGACCGGUUCUCCCUGGAUUACGACCACCUGGUCAACCGCAGCUUGUUGAAGCUGACAUGGAUUGGGUCAAAAUGGAGUGGGCAGCAUCAGAGGAUGGAGCCGGGUAUAUAGUGGAAUUUCGCGAAGUGGGUGAUCCCAAUUGGUAUACUGCGAACCCUCAUCCGAUCACGGUCAACUGUAUUCAUGUGGAGGGACUUCGACCUGGGUCCACUUAUGAAUUCCGUGUGAUUGGUGUUGCUGGUGAUUCAGCAUCUUUGCCUUCGGAAGUGUCGGAUAUCAUAUCGCUCCGUCCACUUUGGAGACGUGAGGCAUUCAUAUUCUAUGGCCGAGUACGACUCGUGGAGUUCCCUGCCCGGCCGCAAGCUCCAGAGUACCUGGAAGUUGAUGGUGAAAGGAUAACGAUAUGCUGGCUUCCUGCACACAGCACAGCACUCUUCCCGUUUGGAGAUCUGAUUGUUGGCCACGAGUACCAGUUUCGAGUGCUCGCACAUAAUGUCGUUGGCUGUUCGGAACCAUCUGAAGCGUCACCUCCUGUCAAAAUUCACGCAGGCGCUAUUGGUGAAGCUAAAUAUGUGGAAGCGGAGCGCUUUGGUGCAGUCAAAUUGCUCAUGGAGGAAAUGGUUCGGGAGUCUCCUCCGCUCCCAGAGCGAGACGAUUCUCCACCACCUCUACGUCAUGGAAAGGGAAACGGCAAUUUACAAUGGCGUGAUCCUUCAUUGAAAGAGGUGAUCGACUAUCUGGAUAACCCUGAUCGAGAAAAGCAACUAAACGCGAGCGGAUACUUGCAGCACUUGACGUUCAGCGACAAUCUCAUAAAAGAUGAAACUAGGGAAUAUGGUGGAAUUCCAAAGCUGGUGCAAUUGCUCAAAAGCGACAUGCCAGUGAUCCAAAAGAACGCGUGUGCAUGCUUGAAAAACCUCUGUUUCGGAAAAGAGAACGACCGGAACAAGUUGGCCAUCCUUGACGCUGAUGGAGUUCGGAUGUUGGCUGCUGUGCUUCACUCAACAUACGAUGCCGCAGUGAAAGAAGAAGCGACGGCUGCCCUGUGGAACUUAUCCAGUGCUGACAUGCUGAAGCCAGUGAUUCUUGAUGCAGCCACUGAUUCUUUAGUCCAAGAGAAACAUCAGCGCAGCAAACGCGCGGCAGCGAGGAAACGACUUCGGGCUUGUCCGAAUCUCAUCGAAGGACUGGUCCACUUUCUCACUGUCGCGAUUCAGCGGAAUCAAGUUGAUUCGCAGUCUGUGGAAAACGUUGUCUGUCUGCUGCGCAAUUUGAGCUACAGGAUACAAGAAGUAGAGGAUCCCAAUUACGACCCUGCUACUGCACACAUGCUAUCUACAAAAGGUGGCAAGUCUGCUCCGAGCAGUCCGAAGCCCAAGAAAGACAAAGACAAGAAGCGAGAGCAUGCGAAAGAGGUGACGGUGGGUCCUGCAGUCCUGUGGCAACCAUAUGUCGUGAAGCUCUAUUUGAAGCUGUUACAAGAAGCUUCAAAUUUGGACACCCUUGAGGCUUCUGCUGGUGCGAUCCAGAAUCUGGCCGCCUGCCAGUUUGCACCAAGCGCCGAGGUUCGUGCAGCGGUUAGAGUUGAGAAAGGCCUGCCGGUACUGGUUGAAUUGAUUCGACUCAAGGAAGACUACGUGGUCUGUGCGGUUGCGACAGCCUUGCGGAAUCUAGCGCUAGAUCCGAGGAACCGAGAACUGAUAGGGAAGUACGCAUUACGAGAUUUGAUCGAGAAGCUUCCUGAUGCUGGUGCCCGUCGCCCACCCGUCAGUGAUCAGACGAUUGGAGCAGUGCUCGGUAUUCUUUUCGAAGGAACUGAGAAAUUACGAGCGCUCGCUCGAAGUUAUCCAACAUAUUCGCAUCGAGUGUGCAAAUAUGCCACUCAAGUGCUGUUCAUGAUGUGGCAGCACAAAGAGCUUCAUGACGGAUUCAAAAGAAGUGGCCUCAAGGAGGCAGAUUUCUACUCGGGUACUGCCAGGGGUGAUUCGGCGACUCUCGCACGACCAAUCUCAAGCCAAGGACGUGAGAGGCCUGCACAGGCCCUGUUGGAUGACACGAUGAGCAGCGGUUAUGGUGCAGUUUCUGACUCUCAGCAACGUCGCCCACAACCGCCGCAGUACCAUCAACAACAGCAAGCCAGCACUCCACCAGCACAAAACGGUCAAACUCGAAACGAUAGAGGCGCCGUUCGUGAACCGCUUUACGCCUCGGUUCGAAAAGGAAAUCAAGCCCCGUGGAAUGGACGACAGUUGGGUUUGAACGGCAGUUUGGUUGAUUGA